CACAAUGCGGACGCCCUUUCAUAUUGGUAAUGUUAUUGCUCCUCUUCGGGGAUGCCCGUUCAAGCUGCCUUAUUCCCUGUAAUUCCACACCUCUUGUAAUCACAGUAUCCUGAGAAGACAUAAGUCACUUUCUCAAGACUAACCCCGACGUAACUACUAGACAUCUUCAUUGACCCACUCGUGUGAUCUCUUAUCCCGUCGGCAUUUAUACAAUGGCCAAAUCAAAGGGAGAAAGGGGAGAGGAGGUAGAGAAGGGGGAGAAGGGCGAAAAGGGCGAGAAAGAAAUGGGUGAGCGAAUCAAAAAGGUUGACAAGACUAAGAAGACCAACGCCAGAACGGGAAAGGGAAGAAAGACUGAAAUCCCAAAGAAAGAAGAGACUCACGAGGAGGAGAAGGAGGAGGAUCUGUCUGCGCUACUGAAAAAUGCACUGGACAAGUUCCCGGAGCCACACGAUCCAGACAAGUCGGAGAAGCAGGACGACGACGACAACAUCACCACCCAGGAGAGUAAACCGAUAAUGGAGGACUUUGAAAAGCUUUUCAAGACUCAGCUGAAAGACGCAACCGGCAGAGCAAAAAGUGGACAGGACAACUUGUUCCACGUCAUGGUGAAAACUUUAUUUUGGCCAAAAACAGCGAAGGAAAAGGCCUUCUUGAACUGGAUGCUAAAACAGCAAGAACAUCACCACUUGCUCAACUUACCUGAUGUAUUGGUCUGUACGCCAAUGCACCAUGCUCUUUUCAAUAAGUUGUAUGACUUCGUCAAUUGUGUUCUCGCAGUGAAAGAGCUCAAUAUGAUCAGCAUUCUUGGGCAGAAAGGCUCGGCGGGAAAUUGCCUCCAUGUCGCUACUGGACAGUCCUUCCCCAAUCUGGAAGACAUGAUCAAAAAAUGCGCGGGCGACAAGAAGAUCCUCAUGGGUGACGACAACACUCCAGAGAACACACCUCUACACAUCGCUGUCCAGCAGGUCCUGGUACCGGUCAAGAUUAAACCCGUCGAAGAUGACAUUGAUCAAGAGUCGGAAGAUGGGACUGAAAAACCCGACAACAAUGACGAUGAGCACUCUCAACAGAACCACGAACGUGACGGGGUGUUGGAAGAUUCUGAUGAUGACGACGAAGACUACCGUGACUCGGAGUCAGAAGUAGAGUCUGAAAGCAGUUUGGAGCACGAUGAGGAAGAUCAAGAACAUGAUGUAGAGGCACAAGAACUAGAGCCAGUAAGAUACCGACUCGAAACGAAACCGGAACGAGAGACGAGGUUAAAAACAAUACUCAAAAACCUCGAUAAAGCGAUUGUCAGGCCAACACCGCCCUCAAGGACAAAGGAUACAAAGCUCAAUGCCGCGCAGCAUCUGGGUUCCGGAGAGGCCAAAAAUGGCCUACCAGAGGAAGGAGACACUUUAUCGACAUCCCAGGACACGCUGACACAGGACGUAAUGGAAUUGCCCCUUGAUCACAGCGUACGCCUACUCGUGGAGGAGUGCCCAGAAACAUUGACAACCAAGAACGUACCCCGCAGAACCCCUUACCAGGAAAGAGAAUAUAUCUUGCUUAAGGACGAAACUGUUAAGAAACUUGUAAAGGAGUACGCGGAAAAGAAAGUACGCCGUGGUGGUACGGAGGAGGUUCGCGAGGCUCGUGCCAAGCGCGAGAUCGUGGUCAAAGACCCCGUUGCCCAUUACAUCCGGUCGUUCUGCGUGCGUAAGUCCAAAUCACGGGAGGAGACCAUGAAGCGGCUCUACAAGCCAGGCCAAGAAUGCCAUAUCGAGUUUGACCUUGGAGGAUUUCCCACUCCCGUCAUCAAGCUUGACUAUCUAGAGCAGUUAGAAAAGCAUCUGAAGUUUGAGAGCAUUCUCAAAUAUGUUGCGCUGCCUAUUCUAUCAGUCGAGGCCCAGCCCGUAAAGGGCCCAAGAAGUCAAUCCACACCACCCAGCGAGACACAGUCAGAGCUUCACCGUAAAGGACGGUCUGAUCUCGUUGCAGUCUUUGACUGGCUGUGGCGUAGGGGCGUACGCGAGAUCAUUAAAGUCAUGGUGGUCGACGACGGAGACAUACCCCACGCCAACGACGCCAUUGUAGAGGCCCUAUACGGCUUCAAGGUUGAAGAGUGGGACUGGAAAAGGGUGGAUCUCUGCAGUGAUGUCAUCUAUGAGUCGUCGCCAGCCGUCAGAGAAGUGUCCCUAUAUUCAUCGGGAAAUAACGCUGUGUUGAUGGGCUGGGCAAGUGCAGAGGGACUGGGCAACCGUGAAAAAUUCCCUCACCUUGAGAAGGUUAAUCUCUUCGUUCAAGAAGGUCUCGAAGAUAAAGUGAGAUGGAAUUGGAAUAACAAUUGUUGCAAAGAAAACAUUAGAAAGUAUGGAGGAAAGGCGGCUAAUGGCGUCGAAAUCAGCGUUGAGAUUAUUGACGAUAACAAGCCAGUCAAACGCUCCUCUGAGCUCUCUACUACGGAAAAAAUUGAAGAAGCUCCUGCAUGGAUCAAGAGCGUCCGGGACUUCUCGACAUUCUUGAUGAACGCUUCCAUGUCCCUGGGGAAAGACAAGCAAGUCCCACCAGUCAAAAUAGCCAUCAUUGACGACGGCAUCGAUGCUACCAUGUACGACCUUCAGUCCAAGAUAGCUGGGGGUGCCACCUUUUGCCCAUAUCCUCUUUCCCCCGAUCUUGUGAACUCUUACUUUGUGCCUCGAGGCAAACAUGGCACUUUGAUGGCACAGCUUAUUUGCAGCAUGUGUCCGAGUACUCAACUAUACAUUGCAAGACUCGAAGAACUUCCAACGCUGACAGGGGCUGGCCGUCGUGUGACGGCGAGGUCAGCGGCCAAGGCUGUCGAUUGGGCGGUCAGCUGCAACGUCAACAUCAUCUCGAUGAGUUGGACAAUCCAAACAGCCGUGAAAGGAAAUGAAGACAUGAGAAAACUCGAAGAUGCCAUUGGCAGGGCACAUGCUGCCAAAAUCCUAAUGUUCUGCUCAGCAAGUGAUCAGGGCGCGAACAACACGGAGGCUUGUUAUCCCGGUGACUGGAAUCAAUGUAUCCGCAUCGGCGGUGCCACUUUCACUGGCGAGAAAUUGACAUGGGUUGAUAAAAAUGUCGACUUCUGGUUUCCCGGCCGCAAUGUUCCCUUCCCAUCCAAGGACGGCUUGUCGGUUGUAUACGAAUCCGGCAGUUCCGUCGCCACAGCUGCUGCUUCUGGACUCGCGGGCGUGUUGAUAUACAGCGCUCGGCUCCUCGAUCGUACACUGGACGACAAGAAUAACCCCUUUCAGGACAAGAAGACAUUGGUGGACGCGUUCGGCAUCAUGGCUAACGGAUCAGAUGGCAAGUUCCCGAGGACGGACGAUGCGCUGAAUAAGUUCUUCAAGAUCAAGAUCCAGGGAGUCACGAAGAAGUCGAGCAAGAAUAUCGAUAUUGAUGCCUUGUCUUGGACCAAGGAAUCUGGAUCAGCGGAAGCGCUGCAAGCUCUGUUGAAUUAUCUUCAGCGUUUGUAAACUUUUACCACUCGAUUUAAUGCUUGGUUUCUUUCUUCCCCGAUCGGCAUUUCGAUGGCCACGCCUGUACAAGGGCGCAAGCAAAUGAGGGUUCUCAUUUAUUCAUCCGAGACCAUCAGUAUAAUCUACGAGUCUUUACGUUCAUAUCCAGGAAGCAGAAACUUAGUUUUGAGGCUGAAGGAUAUCUCUAUACCAUCGCUCAGUUCCCUAGUCUUUCAAAACCUAAUUCAUAUCUGGGUUACUUUCAAGUUGUUAUGGGACAUUCAGUUAGCAGCCACAUAAUGUCAACGUUUGAACAAUUCUGUAUUUCGAAACUUUCUGAAUACCUGAAAUUAGAACGAUAGGAGUGGACACGACGAAGGGACCGCUAUUGCAGUACCUACAGUCUUCCCCCAAAGGCACGUGACGUGAUGAAGACCCUUGAAUACAUUCCAGGUUGUCAGCAUAUAAAGACUAUUUAAAUUAUGAAUGAACAAAGCGU